AUGUUACUAAUUGAGGGCCCUGGAGAGAUUCCUUUGGAACUUCAACGGUUGGUGCAUGGUGGCCAAGUUAACUUGGAUAUGGAAGACCACCAAGAACAGGAAUAUGAAAAGCCUAGACUGAAAUUCAAAGCUUUCAGUGGAGAAGGACAAAAGCUUGGAAGCCUCACACCUGAAAUUGUCAGUACACCUUCUUCCCCAGAAGAAGAGGAUAAAUCCAUUCUUAAUGCAACUGUUCUGAUUGAUGACUCCAUUGCAACAACUAAAAUUCAGAUUAGGCUAGCGGAUGGAAGCCGUUUGAUACAAAGAUUCAAUCAAACACACAGGAUUAUGGAUAUUCGAGACUUUAUUAUCCAGUCCCAUCCUGCAUUUGCAGCAGCUGACUUUGUUCUUGUGACUACAUUUCCAAAUAAAGAGCUAACAGAUGAAAGUCUGACACUACAAGAAGCAGAUAUACUUAACACUGUGAUUCUUCAACAACUAAAGUAAUCUUGCACCUGUCAGUGCAAUAUAGCUUUUGGGGAUAGGUAUUGUGCCAAACUGUCAUCCAAGGAUGCUUCCAGUGGUGCAGAGGGAGGGAAUCAAAUCAACAUCUUCUUUCACUUGUACAGAUCAGUUUUGUUUUUAUUUCUGUUCUGUCUUCCAAUGAUAGCAUAUUUGAAUCAGAUUUUAGAGUGUUUUUAGAGUUUUAAAACUAAGCUUGUAUAAAUUGAUAUGUUCCAAAACUCAGCAAAAACUAAUAAGCUACUUGAGAAACACAGCUAUCACUUUAUUAUUCAGAUAUUUUUAGGGCAGAAAAGCAGUUUUUUCAGGGAGUCAGUGUCUUUUUACACACUUGGUAAGUCUUGCACUAAGGAAAUGAUUUAUGCUGCAGUGACAAACAGCCUUUUGAACACUUAACUCAGUAGGUUGAGAUAUGUUUAUUUCCCUUAGCACAUAGAUUUUCAAGUAUUCUCUUUGUAAGUUGACAUGUGUACAUGCACUAAUAUGAUUUUAAAAUAUUCUGUUUGUAGUGUUUUGUUGGUGCAGUAUAAUUAUUUUAUGUAAUUAACCUAUAAAUAUUUUUCCUGUAAAUUAUCCUCUAACCUUCACUAUGAAUGGAUUAGUAACAAACGAAAAACAAAUCUCAGCCUUUCCUGAUUAUAUUUAAUAUUGUUCUCACUCAUAUUUAAUAUUUUUCUCACUCAUGCUCCAGUUGUAAUUCUCAUGUUGGAAAGAAUUUACUUUAAACAUAAAUAGUAGAGAGUAAUAGCAACUAAUGGACAAACCUCAAGCUCCACAUUUUCAAAAGAAAUGGCUUGAUGAUCACAUUCAAACACCCAUGUUCAAUCGAGACCUAUGCAGAUACACAAUUCCAUGCGUAAGCAGUUAUUUAGGUGCCCAAAUAACAUUUGUGUGCACAAACACAAGACUUGUUUAUGCAGUCACUUGAAUACACAAAAGAAGAUGUGCAGUUGUGCAUGCAGUUUUGUACCUCAACUUUAGCUCUUCAUAUUUUGUAUUUUGGCCAAAAGUGUUAUAUUUUUAAAGUAGUGCAAUGGGGAUUUAGUUAUGCAAUUUUCUUUAUUCUCAGUGGCAGCUGCGUGAUUAAACCAUGGCAAUUAUUUGAAAAUAUAUUUUUUUCAAAGAGUUUAAUCCUGCAUUCUGCUGUGCAGAUAGAAUAGUGUGAAAUAGAAAAUGAGCUCCUGUACUUACACAGCCACAGAUAUUAUAAAUCUGCAUACUGUGUGUCAAAAGAGAGGAUCAAACCUUAGAUGAGGCGAAUGGGCUGCAUCCCAUGUGCCAGUAUGUAUAGAAUGUUAUCUUUAAUAUUAUUUCCCAAAAACUUGAAAACUUAGUUCACUAUACUUAGCUCACUCUUGGUCAGUAGAAUUUAUUUUAAAUUCUUACCUCAAAGUAGACAUUUCCAACUAUAAGUAAUUUUCAAUCAUUUGCAACCAUAUAUGAGGUCAAAUGGUUUGUAAGACAAAUAUCUGCAUGAUUUAAACAAUCACAAAUACAUUGUGUGUGCUAAUCAAUAAAGAAAAGAUUUUAAGCUAAAAAUGUCCCAGACAACUUUUUCAUAUUCUAUUAUUCUCCUUUAUGUUGUGACAAAGAAGCAG